AAAUGCUGCUAGAUUUCAGCAAAAAUAGUUGUUGCGAUUGCAACGUGUAAGUUUUGUAAAUUAUUUCGAUGCUGGGAUUAUGUCGUCGCAGCCAACACAUAAAAAUAUUGUGCUUUUGUCGCGUUAAGACAAAGUUUGUAUUCGUCUUUAAUUGUUAAAUUGGAAUAAUGCUGUGAAAAUAAGUUGUAUUUUAACAAAGACAUCGGUUGACAUCCAACAAAGUUAUUUUAUUGCCCAACAAGUAAAAACACAAAGAUCAAUUCUCAGCAAAACGUCUUGUGUUUCGAAACUUAUUUUUAGAUAUAUUGACAGACCAAAAUAUAUCCAGACAAAAUGAGUGAUGAACUGACUAAAGAACAAACUGCUUUACUACGCAAUGCAUUUAAUGCUUUUGAUCCAGAAAAAAAUGGUUACAUCAAUACUGCCAUGGUUGGUACUAUUCUUAGUAUGCUGGGUCACCAACUUGACGAUGCUACUCUUGCUGACAUUAUUGCUGAAGUCGAUGAAGAUGGAUCAGGUCAAAUUGAAUUUGAAGAAUUCACUACACUGGCCGCCCGAUUUCUUGUGGAAGAGGACGCCGAAGCUAUGAUGGCUGAACUGAAAGAAGCUUUUCGCCUUUACGAUAAAGAAGGAAAUGGCUAUAUCACUACAGGAGUUCUUCGUGAAAUUCUAAGAGAACUAGAUGAUAAAUUAACUAAUGACGAUCUAGAUAUGAUGAUUGAGGAAAUCGAUUCAGAUGGAUCAGGAACAGUUGACUUUGAUGAAUUCAUGGAAGUAAUGACUGGUGGCGAUGACUAAAACACUUGUCUACGGAAUACCUUUUCGAAAUUAUUCUUGAAAAUGGAACAGCAAAUUUUAUCGAACACUAUUGAAAACAUUAACAAUAUUAUGGUUAAUGCUGUUAUAAAAUAAGUGAACGCGCAGUAGUUUGUACAUUUAAAUCAAUUUAUUCAUCCUAAUAAAAACGUCCCUGUUAUAAUAUCUUUAUUAAAUGAAACUAACUUA